GCCCGCCGGGCCCGGGCCGCCUCCUCUCCGCGGCUCCGCGGCCCACACGCGCCGCCGCGGCGGCUAUAAAGGGCCGCCCGCCGCCGCCGCCGCCUCUCCGCCCGCCGGAAAACCAACCGGCCGCCGCUCUGCAGGAUUUGGGCUAAAUCCAAAGCGGAAAAAAAAAAAAAAAGAAAAAUAAGGCACGCGGGUUUUUUAGGACCUUGUGGUUUUUAGGACCUUGAGGAGGGUUUUUUUUUUUGCCUCAGAGCUGACGGGAAAAGCGCUCGGCAGCCGGCGUAUGAAUUUUGGUGUCGUAUCAGUUUUGGCGUCGUAUCCGAUCCCUGCUGCUCCAGGAGGCUGAACUUUAGGUCGACAGCGGGAGUGAGCGGUGAGGGGAAGAUGAACACGGCAGCCAGCAGUUACCCGAUGGCAUCGCUGUACGUGGGGGACCUGCACCCCGAUAUCACCGAGGCCAUGCUCUACGAGAAGUUCAGCCCCGCUGGUCCCGUGCUCUCCAUUCGGGUCUGCAGGGACAUGAUCACCCGCCGGUCCCUCGGCUAUGCCUAUGUCAACUUCCAGCAGCCAGCAGACGCCGAGCGAGCUCUAGAUACCAUGAAUUUUGAUGUGAUCAAAGGAAAACCCAUUCGCAUCAUGUGGUCUCAGAGGGACCCUUCCUUGAGGAAGUCAGGGGUUGGGAAUGUCUUCAUUAAGAAUCUGGACAAAUCCAUUGAUAACAAGGCACUUUAUGACACAUUCUCAGCGUUUGGAAACAUUUUGUCCUGCAAGGUGGUGUGUGAUGAGAAUGGCUCUAAGGGCUACGCUUUUGUGCACUUUGAGACCCAGGAUGCUGCAGAUAGAGCCAUCGAGAAGAUGAACGGCAUGCUGCUCAACGACCGCAAAGUAUUUGUUGGGAGAUUCAAGUCUCGUAAGGAGCGGGAGGCUGAGCUGGGAGCCAAGGCAAAAGAAUUCACCAAUGUUUAUAUUAAAAACUUUGGGGAUGACAUGGAUGAUGAAAGACUAAAGGAGCUCUUUGGCAAAUAUGGUAAAACAUUGAGUGUUAAAGUGAUGACAGACCCCACUGGAAAAUCCAAAGGCUUUGGCUUUGUAAGCUUUGAAAAGCAUGAAGAAGCUAACAAGGCAGUGGAAGAAAUGAACGGGAAGGAUAUCAAUGGGAAAAUGCUGUUUGUGGGCCGAGCACAGAAGAAGGCUGAGCGCCAGGCAGAGCUGAAGAGAAGGUUUGAACAGCUAAAACAGGAGAGACUCAGCCGGUACCAGGGUGUUAACCUAUACAUUAAAAACCUAGAUGACACUAUAGAUGAUGAAAAACUGAGGAAGGAGUUCUCACCUUUUGGGUCAAUAACGAGUGCCAAGGUGAUGCUGGAAGAUGGACGGAGCAAAGGGUUUGGCUUUGUCUGCUUUUCCUCUCCAGAGGAAGCUACGAAAGCUGUGACAGAGAUGAACGGGCGGAUUGUGGGCUCCAAGCCAUUGUAUGUGGCACUGGCACAGAGGAAGGAGGAGAGAAAGGCCCAUCUCACCAACCAGUACAUGCAGCGCAUCGCUGGGAUGAGAGCCUUGCCUGCCAACACAAUCAUUAACCAGUUCCAGCCUGCUGCUGGGGGGUAUUUCAUGCCUGCUGUGCCCCAGGCUCAGAGCAGACCCACUUACUAUGCACCCAACCAGAUGACACAGAUGAGACCCAACCCACGCUGGCAGCAAGGAGGAAGACCUCAAGGCUUCCAGGGAAUGCCCAAUGCCAUGCGCCAGUCGGGACCCCGGCCAGCCCUGCGCCAUCUGGCCCCUGCCAAUGCUCCGGCCUCCCGUGGCCUCCCGGCUGCUGCCCAGCGAGUUGGUGUUGGCACAGCAGCACAGAAUUUGGCUCCCCGUCCACCUGUAGCUGCCCCUGCUCCCAGAGCUGUCCCUCCUUACAAAUAUGCCUCAAGUGUCCGCAGCCCACACCCAGGUGUCCAACCUCUGCAGACACCUCAGCCUGCAGUGCAUGUGCAGGGCCAGGAGCCACUGACAGCCUCCAUGCUGGCUGCUGCCCCUCCCCAGGAGCAGAAACAGAUGCUGGGAGAACGUUUGUUCCCUCUGAUCCAAGCUAUGCACCCCAGCCUCGCUGGGAAGAUCACAGGAAUGCUGCUAGAGAUUGACAACUCCGAGCUGCUGCACAUGCUGGAGUCUCCGGAGUCGCUCCGGUCGAAGGUGGAGGAGGCCGUGGCCGUGUUGCAGGCUCACCAAGCCAAGAAAGAAGCUGCCCAGAAAGUGGGUGUGGUUGCUGCUACCUCUUGAACCAGGAUGACUGGAUACAAAGAAGCCAAAUAGCCCCUUCCUAGACAUCAGCUGAAGAUGUUUGAAGAUCCUUCACUGUCCUGCAGAUCUCAAUGCCAUGCAUCAUAUCACAUAGUUAUAUUGCAUUUUGUAAAUUAAUCUUCAAGAUCUUAUUUAAAAAGCCAACUCUGAAGCUCGAGGUUUCCAAAACCAGAAUGGGGGUUCCUUUGUCAGAACAGAGCUACCCCUUGUGUCUUCUGAGGAAGACGUUGAGGAUUUUAGGCUGGAAGUAUUUUGUGGGUUUGCGUUUAAUUGAACAAUCCAGUUUGGAAAGUUUGGGAAACAUUUAUCAAUAAAGGAAUAAACUUGC